UUUGCGUAUGGCAGUCUUUGAGUUUCCUCUGCGGUUAUUCUAUGGACCGCUGAUUCUCUGCACAGUCGUAUCUGCACGUCCUAUCUCAAUUAUCCUUCAGCGAGACUCAUAUGGCAUUAAUUCAUCGACGUCAACCCCCGAACCGCUGAUUACUGCAUGUCUUGUUUCCUUCAUAGUUUUGUUGGUUCUUCUUGCUGUGAAGCUUCUCUAUAUGAAACACCGUCGGCAUAGUGUCAUCCGUUCUCGAAUUCUACAGUCGACUUCCCCUCACGAUGUUUCACUGAACUCUCGUUCUUCUCUACUUUCUCUCAAAGCCGCUCAACUGAAGGCAUUUCGCUCCAAAUGCACACCAUUUCUUGCGAUCUUCGUCGGAUGUUUCGGGUCUCCUGCAUGGGAGACUGACAUCGAAUCCGACUUCAACGCGAACUCGACGAAGCAACGCCGAACUGCAUCGUUCAUGUAUCAACUACAUCGGCAGUCCAAGCAGCAUUCUUCAAAAUCAUAUUCUGCGGCUCAUCGUUCGAGCAAGAGUUCGACUUCUCAGGCACCUCUGUCCCAGGCGCAGCUUUCGCGUUCCAUGUCUUUCUUUAGUUUUUCCAGCGAGCAUAGUACAGAAGACGCGACAAAGAAAUCCAGAUCCCAUCUUUUACCUAGUACCCGAGCCCUCACAUAUCCUGCCAAAGCACGGUCGAGAAUGACUGCCACUAUCGCUCCCCAGAGAUAUUCACUAUUCGUCGAUAGCUCAAUGUCUGGACAGCUCGGCGACUUCUGCGAGAAAUGCGAUACCAGUCGUAGCAGUUUCCGGUCUCGUAACUUGUAUCAAAGUGGUUGGACGACCUCCGGUGUCGAUCUUGGCCCAUCUCUGAGGCUUGUUGGGGCCUCAGACGUGACUGCUGUCCCGUACUCGUUCUUAUCUGCAUUUCCGCCUUCUUUUUAUGCUUUAUCGCCCCUAACUGGCACUCGCGACUCUCUGCAGCUUUCUAGGCGUCAUUCAACAAAAUCAAUUCGGAAACCUGUCCCUCCUCUCCCGCCAUUAACAUCUCACAGUCUUUUCAGCCAACAGCCAUCAUGUAUAUCUUUGGUCGAGUUACCUGCAUCGCUGCCUCCCCCUGCAAGCGUUUCUCGAUUGUUGCCUCUUCUCGAGUAUCCUGCACCUACCAGCAUAUGGAACGUUCCUGCCAUCACCGAUCAGGCGCCCGCCCACUUGUCAAAUAAUACUCCCCUGUCGCCUAGUAAUUCUUCAAAACUCGAGACUAGUCCUCUCGUCUCUCCGAACACUGCUAAUUCUGUUAGUACGGUCAAAUCGCUUCCUCGUGUCUUGCAUACCGCGGAUCCCCUUGUAUUUGCUGUUCAAAAGAUGAAGCGAAAAACGAAGCACAAGCGCUCAUCCACUAUUAGGUCACGUAGCAGAAUCGUGCCCAGUGCAUCACCUCUACGCAUCAUGGCGCUCCCAGAGGAUAUACCAGACCGUAAGUCUGUUGGAGACACACCUACCAGCGACAAGGAAAAUUGUGCUACCGAUGUUCCCACGAGCAAGGCUAUCGACGAUGGCCGAAUUCACCGCUUGAUGACAGAUGCCUCAAAUCGGCUUUCUCCAAUCCCAGACCAGACUUCUAGCCCAGAUGCACAAUUCGAGCUACGCUGUCUAAGCCAACCCCUUGAUAGAGCAUCCUCCGCCAGUUCUGUCAAAUCCACAAAGAGCCUGGCCCAUUCUGAUAUCGAGGGAUCUUUUAGCGAGGUGUCAUCAUUGCAAACUCCCAAGUCUGAUCGCCUGGAGGUAGACAUUGGCAUGCUGGGGCUCGAUCGUUUCCACUGGUCUGAAGAAAGCGAAGAAAUGCUCAAGUCGUGCUCUUCUCACAUCAAGAACGAUAGCGUGGCGUUGAUUUCUCUCUGGGAAGAGGGACAGUGGAUGCGAGAGAAUAAUCAGUGGUGA